CCACCACCAUCACCACAUGACAUAAUCUUCUCUGCCGACCAGCCCGCUGACCUGCCCCAUCGAGCUUUGAAGCUCUUUCCUGACUGGCAACUCACCGGCUCCCGGAAGGGCGUCGUGCGUCAAUUUACCUUUUCUUCUUUUACCAAAGCCUGGCGCUUCAUGUCCCUCAUCGCAGAUGAAUGCAAGGCCAAGAACCACCAUCCCUCCUGGUCCAAUCUCUACAAUCGUGUCACCAUUGAAUGGACCACGCACUCCCCCAACGGGCUUAGCACAAAAGAUGUCGAAAUGGCCGAGUUCUGUAAUCAAAAGGCUGCUGAGAUUGGACUCAAG